AUGGAAUCAAACGAUACCAAUACAAAAGAUUGUUCUACUAUAUAUCGUUUUCAAUUUGCAAGUAUAGCUUUUCUAUGUAGUGUUUAUCUUCCAUUUACAUCUCAUUCAAAUAUAUGGUCACUUUAUACACAACCAUUUACACCAGUUAAUUGUUCGAUGAAUAAAAAUUCAAUUAUUUCUGGAUUAACAUUAAAUGUUUCAAUAAAAUCAAUUCUUCCAAUUCGCAUUAAAAAUCAUAAUCGAACAGAUUGUUGCCCUUGUAAGGAAAUUUUUAACGGAAAUAUACAUGAUAAACGUUUAUUGAUUCGUUGUCAAUCAUGGAUUGCAAAUCUGCAUGAAUUAGAAGUACGAAAAGCAACUAUUAUCGAUGAAGUAAGUUCAAUAUCGUACUCAAAAGUAUAA